UCAGAAACUCACAAAGAUAUAUAUAUAUAUAUAUAUAUAUAUAUUUACAGACUAUAUAGCAAUUCCAACAAACCUCUGAAAUACGUUCAACUCAAAGAGUUAAACUAUUUACGUAAAUUUUAUAUAUUGAGCCUGGAAUUAUAAGGUGUAAAUAUAUUUAUAGGAAAAAUGGGUAGCAAGAUGGGGUUGAUUGUGUGCAGCUUGAUAAUUAUGGUGACAUUGCUAAAGGGUGCCACUGCAAAACAAUAUGUGGCUGGAGAUAGCUUCGGUUGGACAAUACCUCCUAACACUUCUUUUUACUCAGAUUGGGCUAACUCCAAGACUUUUCAGAUUGGCGACGAUAUUUUGUUCAAGUGGAACGGAACAUGGACACACAACGUGGCGAAAGUGUCUAGCCGAGUCGAAUACGAAAGCUGCGCCAAACCAGGACUCGUUUUCCUUAGUGGCAUCAGUCACGUACUAACUAACAAUGGUUCUUACUUCUUCGUCUGCACCGUUGAUAACCACUGCGAUCUGGGGAUGAAGAUGAUCGUCACCGUUGGAUCUCCGACGAACGUUUCUGCUAUCAAUGAUCUCAGUAGCGCCUCGUCUUCGAGCUUUGGUUCCUUGGUGGCUACCUUAUUAUCCACCAUUAUCGUUUCUUUAUUCACUUAUGUCUAAGUCGCCACUGUCGUCUUACGUACUUAUAUACAGCAUAGUGUCAUAUUCUUUGUGAUUAUCUCUAAUAAGAGCUAGUGGUGUGGUUAUGGACAGCUCAACAUAGAAUUAAAUUUAUUGAAUAAAAAUGUUUAUAUCUAUAUAUAUACACUAGGUGAAAUCAACUUGAAAGUUUGCUUA